AUGAAAUCUGCCACUACAUUCGCGACCAUCGUAGCGCUGAGUCUGUGCGUUGUCUCCGAGAGCGUACCGAAUACACCUGAACUUUGCAGACGACUUGCCGAUGCGGACACUCCGACAGUCCAAGAAGAAGCCGAUGAAAGUAGGAAAGAUCGACGCCACCACCAUCACCACGUCAAGAAAGUCAAGAAAAUCGCCAUUCCCGUGCCUGUGGAAGUACCGCAAUUCAUUCCAGUUCCUGUCAGUGUCCCGUCCACGAUAGUCGCUAGCUCUGACACUGCUGCUGUUGUUGGCACCUCCACCAACGUCGCGUCGACCAAUGUUGCUUCGACCAACGUUGCUGCAACAGGCGCUGCUACUGGUGCCAUUGGGUCAGCGUCUAACGGGGCACCCUGA